AUGACUCUGACUGAGGCCAGCCUUUGCUUCCUGCAUUUAUCUCACGACAACGCGUCUCAUCUGGAUGUUACUGAUAGCUAUCUUACCGCACUGAUGACUUCCGAGGAUCUGUCUCUUUCUGACCCUUCUUCUGAUGAAAGCUUGUCGCUUUCAUCUGCUUCUGACGAAGCUUUCCCACAAGAUGAAUGGGCUGUACGCAGAAUACUAGCAGAAGCAAAAGUCCAAGGCGAAAUAAAAUACCUGAUAGAUUGGGAUGGCUUCGAUCUAUGCGAUGCCACUUGGGAGCCUGCCGCACACUUGAGUGAGGGUCUCUUAGCAGACUGGUUGGCUACUAAGAAGAAAACCGGUAAGAAGACAGUGCCAGGGUUUAAGAUUGAUCAAUGGAGGCAAGCUGUGAACGACGACAUUCGUGUCAAGUACGCAAAACAUACAAAGAGAAAUCAGCAAAGAGCACUGUUGGGUCUGGGGCAAAGCGAGCUGGACUGCACAUUAGAGCAGUGGAUAAAUUCGGUGCAAGGCCCAUCGGAGGAUGAAUCAACAGAUACAAAUGAAGAGCCCACCCAGAAGGAAUAUUCUGCUCAUGUUUCGGAGCCGUCUGCUGCUGGGCCAAGAAUAGUUGGACAGAGCCCAUGCAGGAUCAAUGACCAAACUAACGAACAAAAGGCAAGGAGUUCGCCUUGUGAAUCCCAAGGGACCCAAGAGAACCGGACUCUGUCGACUAUGGAAGGACCAGUCUUGCAGCUUGAGUAUCAAACUUCUCACAGCCCUCCAGAAUCUCCACAGGAGUCUCCCGAGAAUGAGAAAAUGUCAUCGUUACAAUCAGCACAAGCCGGCUUAUGUGCGUCAGAUUCACAAAAGAGCAAAUUGGGUUCGACAUCCAAGUCUAAAGGAGCACGGAAGCAGCCCGAAUCUCCACCAAAGACUGCUGUCACGUUCAGGGUGCCGUCCGUUGAUUCGGCGUUAAUGUCAAAUGUGUUCGUUGGCGGGAAGAAGCGAAAGGCUCAAAGAAACCUGCUGGAUGCGCUAUCCGACCCGAGUCGGCCGCCAAAGUUCCUCAAUUAUCACAAACAGCGCUUAAUAGAGAAAGGAUUGAGAGAUAAGGAGGGCGUGACACCUCCAAGAAAAGAGGCCAAUGAACCUCUAAGAGUACAUCCCAUACAAGCCAUUAUGCAACCCAUAAAUGCAACGUCCGAGAGUGGUCAAAGUAGAGGGAUUCUCGUACCUCGAAGUUCUCUGGGUCAUGUUAUACCAAAACCUAGCGCAAAGAAAAAGACAGUACACUGGGAAGAUGAUCUUAUUUCUCAGAAACCGCAAAGCCAAACUAAGGUAGAGAGCCUUUUUGUUUCAGAUGAGCCAUCAAUAGUGGCUCUAAAGGGGAAUCUCCGCGUCAUGGGGGCUUCCGUGGAGUCUCCGGCCAAAAAAUCUCCUUUAAUUAGUUCAGUGCAGCAUGCACCCAGCUGUGAUCGUUCUACAAUCUCUAGACCAUGUCAAUUCGGGAGCCCUGACGGCUUAUUCGCAACACUAGAAUUUAGAGAUUUGCAUCUAAAGAACAAGCCUUCCUGGUCCUCUUGUUUUGGAGGUUCAGAUCGGCUAGUAUUUUGCUAUGUCUGCACGGUACAUGAUCUUCUCUCGCAAACGGCAUGCGGAGCGCUCGAGGAAUUGAGCAUUUGUCGAGGUACAACUUCGUGCAGUGCCAUGGACAGGAAUGUCCUCAUGUUGGUAGCCAACCGGUUACAAUCAGGGUAUUUUGCCGCAGUAUGUUUUCAAAAUGACUUCUGCAUUCUCAUUUUCUGCCCGUCUUUUCUAGACUGGACAGACGCAUCUCCUGACAUCGCCAGUUCACCAUAUGAGAGCAUUGGACUUAGCUUCUUGAUUUUCAAACCAAAUCCUUUGUUCACAAAGUCAAUGCUGGCCUCUGUUAACCCACUAUCGUCAAGGGCGCCCGACUUUAUCCCUGGAAGUCUCGGUGCAUUCAACUUCUUUUUUGGGACCACAUACAGGGACCUGGUAUUUAGUCGGAAAGGUGACAAGACCACGAAUAAUUUCUUUCUGGCAUUUCCUCCAUCGUAUCAUGAAGAAGCUGUAUUCAUUUCACAGUGGUUGCGGGAAUCGGCGCCCAAUUGCAAUAUAAAAUCGAGCUUGCAACCCGGCCAGUGGUCUAACUUCUUGACAUUUGACAGUAGCACUGUCAUAUUUCAUGAAGAAGUUCUGUGGACUAUUCCAUCGCUCCCGAAUAUAUCUAGCAUUCUUCACAGCCAGAGUUGGAAUCCUGAAUGCUUUGUGUUGUCCCCCUCCGGAGAUUUUGGGCAAAAUGAUCAACCAUUUUAUCGCACUGGUCCAAUAGAAGGCAACUACCGCCUAGCUCAAGUCUUUUCUCAGGGAACAGUGAUACUGCUCACUCCAAGCUUCGUCGUAUCCCAACCAGCGCAAGCGUACAGUUUUCUUAAAUGGUUUUGGCAGCAUUAUACUGACCAUGGUACAAAGCGCGGGCCUGCAAGGUUGGCUGUAUGCUCUGACAUAUGUGACUGGUUGUUUGAUCUAUCACAAAGCCAGGGUGCUACAAGGGAAGUGUCAGAAGCAUGCCACCCAGGCAUCAGGGCGACUGAAAGAUUGGUUGAAAUCUUACUUAAGUGUUGCAAUCUCAUGCAGUAUAUUACCGGAGAAUCAGAGAAUUUCGAAGAAGGACCACUGGUAUAUGCGCCCGAUGUAUUGGAUGGAAAUGAUGAGCAGAGCCUAGUCAACUGGUUUGGUUCCUGGGCAAUGCUACAUAUUCAAAAUUUCAGGAAGUUUCUUGUGCUGGGGUCCAGCUACCAAACAGAAGCGAGGUUGUCACGGGUUAUUCGACCAGUCCAGUUCGUGACAUGCUGUACAGAGCACCUCCCGCCUCAAGAGAUCGUCACAGUUCAAACACCAUAUGUUCUGCAACCGGGAGCGGCUAGGAUUAUUCCAGAAGCCACACUGGCCGCAAAGACGGUAGAGUUCCUCACGGACAUCGAAAGGGGCUACGGUGAUUUAUCCUUCUCCCCUCUGGUCCUGUAUCGGUACCCAAUUACCUGUUGGGAUUCUGGAAUUAUUUCACAAUUGGGGGACUUUAAGUCGUAUUUCAAGGACUACGGCGACUGGUUCAAUCAUUUUAAAGAGCCAUUCUUUUCGAGACCGAUGGGGCUAAGCUCCAUCAACAUGCUACCUAAUUACAAAAAUACUUACUUGGGGCUAUUCUAUACUAUAGAUGAAAAACGGAAGCCGGUGCGCUCUUCAUCCCCUGAAGGACAGGUCCAAAAACUUCGUCCCUGGAUUGCCAUUUACAGGCCUGCUGAUAUCCAUACCAGACCAUGGAAGAGCAUGGAGUUAUUGAUUUGGGACCCUUACAUCCGCAACAGUGUAUUUAAGGGCAAUGGGUUUUGCGAAGGAGAACUUCUUGUUGCUCAAGAGAGGCUUGUUGGUUAUAUUGUGGACAGGACUGGAGAUUUAAAAACUACACUUCCUCUCGAACGAGUCUGGGUAGGGCCGUUCGAUGACCAUCAGGACGAUGGGUUUGUGGAUCCCUUUGAUUGCGUGUUGAGCUGGAUCAAGGCCAUCUCUAACUCGGUGAAAGAGAGACUUCCCUUGCACGAGAAACAUCUUUCGUCUCGGGGAUGGAAAAAGCUCAGCCUGGGAGAUUUGCUCACAAGGGCCGCUGAAGGCAACGUUCCGAGGCAGAUAUCCGAAACUCGAUCUGCUAGUAAGCAAUGUCUUCCGCUCCGGACAGUUUUCCCGGCGCCCAAGCCGAAUACAGGCCCCAGAAAAUCGUCAAUAUGUAAUAAUCGCUUACAAGAGGCUGUGCUGAGACACGAGGACUCGAGCGAGAUAUGUUUCACCUUUCAACCAACCCUCAAAUGGUAUGGAGAGCAGGUGACGGCAGGCAGGGGGUUCCAGCACAUUAAAGUUUCAGACUGGCAAACUUUCUUUACGCGUCACAAAAUUCAUGAUCCUGAGGAUUAA